GUACGUGGAGGAGGAGGGCCAAAGUGUUUAUUCUACCUCUUUUCUCAAUUAUAAAUUCUGACUGAGUAACAGAGACUCUCAUUAAGCUCCAUUAACAUAUUAACCUACACAUCCCUUGGGAUUCAAAAGAAGGAGAACAUGGGAUCUACGACACAUAUAUGACUAAAGUCACCAAAACCCAUCAUAACACGAGAUUGUUUCAUCCCCUUGGAACAGACCAAAACUUAUAGUAUAAAAGGGGAGCUUCGGGGCAGAACAGGCCAGAAGAGAAAAAACCUUUGGAGAAGGAAAACACCUUUGGAGAGGGAAACCACCUCUGGAAGGGAAAAACACCUCUAGAAGGGAAAAACACCUCUAGAAGGGGAAAACACCUCUGAAGGGGGAAAACAUCUCUGCCUGCUCAGGAUUUGUCAACAGACUGUCUCUCUUUCUCUCCUGAAGGGACGCCUUUAGAGGAACAGGUUAAAAGCAGAAGACUGGAGGGAAAGACUGUAAAUCACCUUGCAGCUGGGAAUAACCCUUGAUAAACCAGUGUGAACAGCAGCCAGUGAUCCUGUGGUCUGGACUGAGUUUAACGGUGCCUCUGUCCCUGCUCAUGUGCCUCUGCCCGGGCGUUGCUUCAGGGAUCCCCCCAUUAGUGAGGUAACAGAAAUAAAUUUACUCUUUGUGUUCUAGCCAGAGUUCGUGUCUGUCCCUGCUGCCUGCCUGUGCCGACUUACACACAGAUCCAGGAGCAACCAUGCCAUGGCUAGCCAAAAAAUCAAAAAAGCUGAGAAAGCCGAAAAAGCUGAAAAAGUCGGGCCCUGGGGAGGCUGUGAUGGUGAACCCCCACAUUCCAGGAUGGCCCAGUACUGAGCGCUGGACUCCUGUGGCCACUUUCCUGGCCACAAUGGCCACUCCAGAGACAUGGCCUGAAAUAGAUGACGGGGUGGUGGUGAACCCCCACAGGGUCGAGGUUGCCAUGCGCGGAUUGCCGUGGAAAGCGGCAUCAAAGUCCUCCCGCAAGCUAGCAGGGAGACUGGGAUGGCUGCUGGCUACUGGUCUCAGAGCUCUAGACCGUGAAGUCAUAGCCCUGCAGAGUAAAGUGAGCGAGCUGGAAUUACUCACCUAUGCCAGAGCUCGUGACUGUGAAGCCAUAGCACUGCAGAGCAAAGUGAGGGAGAUGGAAUUGGUUACCUACGCUAGAGCUCUCGAACGGGAAGUUACAGCGUUGCUGAGUAAAGUGAGAGAGCUGGAAAAGGAAGUUGUGACUUUACAGGCUGCAAACGUGAUCGCCCAUGAAGUCACUACCACUCAAGCAGAGCAGUGCUAUGAGCAGCAAUGCACUAUACAGCAGCUGGUGUCACCUAGGCAUAAAUACGUGGAAAAUAAGGUUUUGAUCUCCCAGGUUCGUGCUCCAACUUUGAAAUCUUCACGGGAUCCCAAGGAAUGGGAUGGAAAUAUCUGGAGUGAGUACUCAGAUUUUGAGAUUGAGAUUUAGUCAGAGUUAGCAGAUAGGGAUGUGGUAUAGAUCACACAUACUUAUACUCCAAAAGAGUUUCAAUUAUACACUCCUAGACAAGGAAAUCCUUUUGAAUUAGAAGUAAUAAUUCUAGAUGAUAUAGUCUUGUGGGGAUUGAGGCAGAUGACUGGACCAAAAGAUAAAAAAAAAUCUGUAGAAUUUUGGUCCAAGGCACUGCUAUAUAUUUUACCCCAAUGGGAAAAUUAAUUCAAAAUAUAGCUUGAGCAGUGCAAGAAACUGAAAGAAUCACAGGCCAAGAUAGUGUGACUGUACACCUUCAGUACGAAACACAGUGAGGACCAGAAAUCCUCCAGAUAGUGUCUCUCCCAAAAUAUUAGCCAAAGGGAAAUUGAAUUUUACACCAAUGGAUCCUACAACCUAUUAAUCUAGAUGUGACCAUUCAUAUAAUAACCCCUGACAAUACAGUAUGGUUCUCUACUCUGUCUAUUCCCCUUUAUUCUCCAUCCUCUGUUAAUAUCAUAUUCUCAAGUUCUUGUAUUUCAUGUGUCUUUGAUGAUUUCCUGUGCAUUAUCUAGGGGGGGUGCAUUGGAACUAUGUUAUUGGUGUCACAAACCCAACAUCCAAACAAAAUUCAAUCUGAAAAAGGGCAAGCCACACGUCUCCAAUCUGUGUGGGCAAUUACCCCAUCUCAAGUUACCAAGCCUGGAGCAAUAUUAGCUGAAGGAGCUGGAGCAACAGCGUAUAUGUUACAGGACAGAGAUGACACUCUUCUUUUCCUCCCUUACCACAGGCUGGCUUCUUGUGCUUUGUAGGCUUGUACCAUGACAGCAUAUCUUAUAUACAUUUCUGCAAAAUCAAUAUGUAAAUACUUGUGUGUGGUUGUUUUUUACUGUAACUAAUGUCUUAUUAUUCUUUCUGAGAAGUGACUAUAGACCAGCUGGCUUGUGCCCUCGUGGCAAGGUUUAACUGGGACAUCCAAGGCAGCUGUUGCCUUAAAUUUGGGAGUAACUGCUGUAUACCUUACAACAUCGAUUACUGAUGAGCUACGUCGCCCUUCAACAUCAUAAAUGCUGUUCUGAGUUUGAAGGCAUGUGUUGCUUUGACCUGCAGAACCAGUUGGCAUGGAGGAUAUCAUUCAAGAUCUUCAGGACUACAUCUAAUCACACAACCUGUCGGUGGUGCCUGGCUAACUGGGUGGUUUACUUCCCUGGCAAGAGGGGUGGGACACUUAAAGCAUUAUAUGCUUAUAUGUUUGUUCCUUUUCCCCUAUGCUUCAAGUGCCUCUGCAAAUCUCCUAUCCCACAUUUCCAGCCCCAGCAGCAGUGGUCUCUUGAGGAAGGGGGUUGCAAGUUGGGAGGAAUGGGUUAAAAAGCGGAAGACUGGCGAGGAGGACUGUAAGUGGCUCGAGUGACCUUGCAGCUGGGAAUAACUCUUGAUAAGCCUGUGUGAACAGCAAGCCAGGGAUCCUCUGGCAUGGACUGGGUUUAACGGUGCCUGCAUCUCCCCUAGUGCACUUCUGCCCGGGUGUUGCUUUGGGGAUCCCCCAGUUAGUGAGGUAAUAGAAAUAAAUUUACUCUUUGCAUUCUAGUCCUGAGUUUGUGGUCGUCUUGGUUGCCUGCCCGUGCCAACUCACACACCUACCCACUGUGCAGAGGUGUCAGUGAUGUCACACUGUGCAUGGGAGUAGAAAAUCAGGCCCCACAUUCUCUAAAGAUACAUUAGCACAGGCUCCUGUGAAAGGAUAAGCAAGGACACUAAAACCACUGAGGAAAAGAACAAUAAUGUUUUCAAUUGAUAAUGCUAUACAUGUUCUUAGUAAUGAGUCUCUCUCUCAACUCACUCUAAGUAAAGCAAUUGGCAUGUUCUUUAGAUAGAGCAACAGUACAAAUACAGCUGUGUAUAUCUGACACACAAG